AAUAAGUUGAUCAUUCCUGCUGAGCAAGUUUUUGCUUGUAUGAAUUAUUCUAACAACGAUUUGUGGAACAGAAGUUAACCCAUGCAACAGAUAAAAAUGUGCUCAUUUGGAUUUAUUUUAAAUAUAAAAAAUAAAAAAAUCUGUUGCAAUUUUGUAUAAGGAGCUUUCUUGUCACAUGAAACUACUGAAAUACACAUCAGCACAUCUUUGCAUUGUUUCUGUGACCCCACCGGUUCAGUUCAGACAAUGAGGGCCUGAUCUCAAGUUAAAGAAAUCCUGCAAUUAAUUUGCUUCCACAUUUAUUUCCACAUUUUUUUUAAGUAGCAGUUAAAAACCUAUGAACCACAUCUCAUGAGAAUGAAAAUAUAUCUUAGAACUGUGGAGCUUUGGCGGACAUAAUUACCAAUUAAAACUUACAAGCAUAUUCUUCUUGUUUCUUCAUCAUCAGCAGCAUUAUCUUCAUCAUCACAAUCGUUAAUUGUACGUGGUCACAUUACAGACGGAAAGACUUCAAAGGGCGAGUUAGGCCGUAAAUCAGACAGCGAGUCUAUGGAGAACUGGUUUUAAUUUAAAGAUCACUGUAAAUGAUUUUGAUAGGAUUACUUAAUGGCAUCAGUGAGCCAUUUGACUUCUGUAUGGACAGAAGACUGCAGGAUGAACAUCUGUGACCCCGUGUCGACUUGAGUGAACGGAGGUUUGUCAUUUUAAUGUUUUCCUUAUUUAAUGCUGUCAUUUUUAAAGGGCGACUUUCGCUUAAGAUCAUGUCGAUGUUUCCCAUCAAUGACAGUGUUUUCUGACAGCACGCAACUUGCAUCACCUUGAGCCUACAGCAUAUGAAGGAUCCAGGCUGCACUGCGUCAAUAAAAGAGCCACUUCUUCCAGGCACAAAGCCUCCAUUCAUUUGACUUUGCUUUGUCUCUCCCAAUCUGACCAUCCGGUACUCCUGUGAAGAAGCUUCGUCUGGUUUCUGGCUCAUCAAUGGUCAAUUUAAAUGUGAGACGACUCAGACCACUGUAAUGUCAAAGUUGAGUACAGGCUAAUAUCUGAAUUUAGGGUUGUAGUUUAAUGGAAAAUUAAGGUGAAGUACAAUUUUCUAGAAAUGUAUUUUGAAGCAAUACAAUGUAACAUCGCCUCUUUGCUAUGCCUAAAAUACAUAAACUACAUUCAUCCCCAAAUGUUUUGUGAAUACGCGUCUAUUUUCAGUUGUGGUGACAGAUGUAAUUAGAUCCCAAACUUCAAGAUUUAGUGACUUGGGCAGCAAAGGUUUUUCCUGCAGCUGAGACAACAUCUGGCCAAAUGCUCCACAUGAGUGUAAUUUACUCAACGACAUACCCAUCAAACAGCUUUGAUGUGAUGCAGCCUGAGGGCCUAUAAGUUAAACCUUGAGAGGAGCUGCAGCCAUCAGAGUGGCCUGCCUGGUUUACGGUCCACAGAGUUUUACCUCCACAAGAUGUCGCCACCAGCGAGACCUUGAAACGGUGCCAAAUUAUUUUUGCACAAAGACCCUGCAGGUUAAAAUGAAGUGAAGCUACUCAUCCAUAAAGUAUUAAUCACUGGUGAAAGCUGGUUCCAGUUUGAACUCGUCUACAGUAUCAGCGGCUGUUGAGUCACAGCCUCCUCCUGUUGUCGGUUUCUCUGGGCCGUGAGAGCCUGCAGCAGACUGCAGUUUGUCCUCCAGAUGUGAGGGGAUUGUGCGGUGCAUCAUCCCGCCACUAGAUGAAGCUCAAGCACAGAAACACUGACACAUUUUCCCCCUUUUAUUUUUUCAGUUGGCCUACUUCUGAAAUGAUCCUGGCAUAAAGAUGAACAGCAGCUUAUAGUCAGUGGUAUAAAGUUUGGCUCGUGGUUUAUUCACAUGUAGAGGAGAGUUUAGACUGAAUUUUAUUAUUUUUACUCAAUUGUUGUAUUUCAGUUUUUUCUGUUUUCCUUUAGAGGAUCAUUCAAACGAAGGCUGUAAAAUGCGAAGUAUAGCUGAACUGAGAAGUUGAGUAAAGAAAAAUAAUAAACCGCGGACAGCCUCUCAGAAGUGAAUGAAUUAUUGUGCAGGAAGGCGCACUGAUGUUAACAGAUGGCUGAAGGCUUUUCAAACUGAUUGUCUCUUUAGAGAGCAAAGACACAGGCCUGCAGAGGCCGGCAGUCCCCAACAACUGGAUCAGUCCUAAUUAGAGAACGAGAGAGAGAGAGAGAGAGAGAGAGAGAGAGAGAGAGAGAGAGAGAGAGAGAGAGAGAGAGAGCGUUUAGUGACGCUGAAUCAUCGCGGCAGAGCGCUUGCAGUCUCUAUCACUCACAGACAAACUUUCUAGCCAUGCACCGCCGUCCACUUACUUCUGGAUUGUUAUCUUUGUGUGGUUGAGAUGUUGCCAAAUGCGAUUAUUUUGAUGUGUAUGCUGGGUCUUCACUGCGCAGCUGAUCUGUGCAACUGGACUGGAAGCGGUUUUGCAGCUGGUGUGGACUCCAGGAUUGUACUGCAGGUGCGGCUGCGCUGUACAGAGGGCUCGGUGAGGUGGAUAUACCCGGGCCAGGCUCUCCGGGUGGUCCUGGAGCCCAACCUGUCCUCCGCCCGGCGCACCACCGUCUGCAUCAAACCGUCUCCCUCAUUUCGCGGAUCCAGCGUGUUCAUUGAACGUGCCGGGGAGCUGGAGCUGCUGGCGACGGACGGCGGGCGGCCCGAGCAGCAGGUGUACUGUUUCCGGGCAGAUGGUCCGCACAGGCCCGCUAUCUACCUCCAGUCCAGCCCGCAGAGUGAUGGGCCCUGGAGCAGACGCACGAUGGGCUUUAGAUAUGAGCUGCUGGGCAACAGGAGUGCUGCACCCAACCUGGGCCACAGCGGGCUUCAGACUUCAUGCCGACCCUGCAAUGAUACAGAGCUCCUCAUGGCCGUCUGCAACAGUGACUUUGUGGUCCGAGGCUCCAUCAAGAAUGUCACCCACGACUCUGAGCGUCAGACAUCGUUGGUGGAGGUGUCAGCAGCGAGGGUGUACUGGCAGCGCAGUGGAGUGUUUAAGCAAGCUGCUGCCUCUGGGUCAUCUCGGCCCGUCCCGUCUUGGCACGGACGCGUCCGCACACUCCUGCAGUGCCACGUGAAGCCUGGGGACGGAGAGUUUCUCUUCACAGGGUCAGAGCACUUCGGGGAAGCUUGGUUAGGGUGUGCCCCGCGAUACAAACACUUCCUGUCUGUCUACCAGGCCGCCUGGGCGGCACGUCGGAAUUCCUGUGACUUCCCUGUCGACUGAGGAAGUGUGUUGUUUUAGCACUACUGAGCUCUACCAGUCUUUAUCCACAGGCAUCCUCACCCGUGGCACCGUGGGGUCCCUGUAAUGUUGUCAUGUGUCAGCAAGGUGGCAUCCAGCAUCACCAGGAGGGAUGAAGCUACUGAAUUGCUGGUUAAACAAAACAAACAAACAUACAAAAAAAAAACACAUUUGGAGGAGCAGAGCAGGGGCCAACAGCAGGGCCUCCUGCACUGAGGCUCAGAGAGGGCCGGCCUUUGUCUCUCUCUCAUCACUGCCCUCGGUCCUCGGAGACUAAGAAGGGGUUGGGUUGCUGUUCUCUCUUUGUGCUUCUCUCCACAUCAACCGCCGCUCACUUUGCUGGCUCUGUGUGACAACUGCCCUCUGAACUGAGGUGGGAGGGAAGACUGGAGCACAGCCAUUUGUAACCGACAGUUUGUACAUAAACAAUUGUGACAUUGUUUUCAUUCUGACUCAUCUGUGCUAAACUUUCAAAUCCUCUUUGCUCUGUCUAUUUAUAUUUGUUAUACUCUACACAUGACCUUUGAAUGAAAUGUUUUUGCAUCAGGAUUAUUGUGCUUAUAAUGCAAAAUAAAUCCUCUGAAGACUCCACUGUACUGUGAUCACAUUUCUUUUGCCAUUUGUUCAAAGGAUGAUUUGUUACAUUGUUCAAAUCAGGUAAGAAAAGCCUAUUUCUUCAGCAAGACUGGGUAUUUUAAUAUUUUAACAAAAAAGUUAACAUCAAAUCAAACAUUUCCCCAUUUUGAUUUACCCAUUCACUGUUGACUUGAACACUUGACUGUUGACUGUUUUAAUAUGCUGUACAAAAAUGAACAUUUGAUAUGUGGCAUACAGCAUGGCAAUCAGUAGAAUUUGUUUUUUAUUAUUAGAUACAAAUCUACAUUUCAUAUUGUGUUUUUGAAUAAAUGCAAAAAAAAUGUCAUUGUGAUUUGCAGAUUUAAAAAAAAAUUAAGAGAGAAUGUGGUCAGUUCAUGUAGCUGUGGGUCUGAUGAAGUGAACAGAGCUCAUGAACAGUGCAUAAAAAUCUAAAUUUCAUGAGGUCCGCCAGUUCACAAGAAUUCUCUGGCCCCUUAACCCUCUGUGCCCUUUUUGAUAGGUGGCUCUGUAAAGGCUUAAAUUAACUUACACCCCCAUUUCCCAUCAUAUGCUGCAUAAUUUCUGUUUUUUUUUUCAGGAGAAUGGGAUUUAAAGCUGAAAUGUCCUACAAGCUUAUUUUGGCCCUUUCCUUUUACAUCCCAUCUUUUCCCCUGUAAUCAGAUUCUUAUGAUAAGAGGAUAGCCUUACCAUAAAAUUAAAUACAAAAUCUCCUUAGACGGCCAAAGCUCUGAGAAGACUGAAUUGUAAGUUUCUUUUGAGUUGUGUGGCCCCUGCAUCAUGGCCUGAGAAGACAAAUGGACAGAUGUGAGGCCCCAAAGCCCGGGGAUCCUCCCCCUCAGCCCCUCCCAGAAGAGGGGAACAAUUAAUUGACUUUUAAAGCAACUGCUUUCUUAGCCUAUUCCACACUUCUCCUUGGCUGAGCAGGGCUCACAAAUUGGUGUGUUGGACUUUUUAUGAGGACUAAAUAGCUGCCAAUGAAAGUGUAAAUGACUGUGUGGUGAAUGGGGCCCACACAAUAGCCCUGCAGUGACAAGGCCCCUAGCAGACAUAAUGACCAUUGUCACGGCGGCUGUCAUCUAGAAACCAUCAGGGCUCAUGAAUCCAAGAAGCCAGAGGCGGAGGACUCCCUGCCUUUUUCUCUCACUCAGUCCACAUUUUGACUUCUCGUGUAAUUCUGCUCUGCUUGUUAUCUUUCAUAUUUCUCUCUAUUGCUCCUCUUUGUUUGCGUGUCUUGCCCUUCAGUUUCAGUUAAAACUUGAUUUUAGACAAGCACGACAUACAUUAAAGAUGUCUCAGCUACUAAAAACAUACUUCUGGACUUUU